ACAACCAACCAUAAAAAAGUUAACUCUAUCUCUGGGUAUAUAGGCUGAAAGACAAUGAAAAUGCCAAAACGGAGGAAUUUAAAUCCAAAGCAAGAUGCAGAGUUUCACAUUGAAACUAGAAAAGACAAAAGAGGACUUGAUGCUAAAUACAUCAGUGAUUUCAAAGGUAGGGGUGUCUUUGCUUGUGAGCCAUUUGAGAAAGGAGACUUCCUUUUAGAAUAUCGUGGUGAACUUGUCAGCAAACAGGAAUGUGAGAGACGAGUGAGGGUUUACCAUGAUGCCUUGAAACAUUUUAUGUUCGAGUUUCGCUUUGAUGGAAAACUUUGGUGUGUUGACGCAGCAAAAGAAGAUGGAUCGCUUGGCAGACUGGUUAAUGAUGACCAUAUCAACCCAAAUGCCAGAAUUAAGUAUUUAAGUGUGCAAGGAAAGCCCCACUUGUGUUUGUUUGCAAUCCGGGACAUUAACCCAGGAGACGAGAUCACAUAUAAUUAUGGUAACUCAGACUGGCCAUGGAGAUGCAAGGAAUCUGGUAUGAAGUCUUCAAAUGACUGUGAUCACACACCCUCCAAGGAAUGUCUGACAACAGCCCAUGUGAAUGCACUGAAACAACAGGGGCAACCUGCUCCAGAAAUACCUCCCAGAGAUCCUAAUGCUGCUGAUGAUGAGCAGUGCAUGAUGGAGACGGGACACGCUUCCAUAUCUGUGAGCCAGAGGGAGCAGAGUCCAGAAUUUGAGCCCCAGCCCAGUUCUGUAGAGUGUCCUAAACACCAUGUGGUGUGUAGGGAUAUGUCUGCCUUUGACAAGUGCAGUCACUGCCUGGGACCUUUCAGCUCUCUGAGAUGGAUGGGGCCACACAACAAGGAUUCGGAGGAACCGAGUGGGAGAACCAGAGUGCUGAUUAUGGCUACGGCCCAGGAGACGGUGUUCAGCCAACACUUUUCAAGUGGAAUGUGGAAGAUUCUGAGCUCCAUGAAGAUGGAUGAAACUGGUCUGGCUGUGAGAAAUGACCUCUCCAUUGUGCACUUUGCCCAGUCACUUUAUAACAGACACGGACAAGACCCCACAAAACACGAGUAUGUGCUACAGAAGCUUCGUGAAGUGGGAAGGCUGCUGGUCUGUCUGCGCAGUGACUUCUCAAUACACAGCAUGGAGGAAGCCAUCAAGCCAAGUAACUUUGAGAUGGUUGUUAAGGCAGUUCAGAAAGUUGCUGGCUUUGAUGAAGAAAAGCUGUCCUAUCGUACACCAAGCCUAGCUUUGAAACUGGGGCACACACUAAACAAGAUCUGCGACAUUGUUCACUGUCGAGCUCUGAUGGCUGAGGAUGACAGACUUGUUAAGUCAGCUGAAACAUUCAGUAGACUGUACACCUCCAAGUGGUGCGAGCUGGUUUCCCACAGUGCUCUGAACACGCUGAGUAGUGUGAAGUAUAAUAAACCAGCAACACUGCCCUUCACAGAGGACGUUCGGACACUACACCUGUACCUGCAGAAGUCUGCAGAUGCUGCUGUUAGCAGCUUGAUGGAGGAAGCCACACCCAAGACGUAUACUGAGCUAAGUAAAGUUAUUUUAGCUCAAAUCAUUCUAUUUAAUCGGAGACGUGCUGGAGAAGUGUCAAAAAUGCGUCUCAAAAGUUUUGAGGAACGAGACAGAACAAAGCUGCACCAAAAUGUCGCCAUGGCCCUGUCCAAACUGGAGCAGCAGCUGUGCAGCUACUUCACCAGAGUGGAAAUUGUUGGGAAGAGAGAGAGGAAGGUGGUUGUUCUUCUUACACCGCGUAUGGUGGAUGCCCUGACACGACUGACAAGUAAAAGAAAGGAAUGUGGUGUCUAUAACAACAAUGUUUUCCUGUUUGGAAGACCUCAAGCUCUGAGCCACUACAGAGGACAGGACUGCCUACGGAUAUAUGCAAGCCAGUGUGGAGCAAAGCACCCCGAGCUCCUCAGGUCCACCCAGCUGAGGAAGCAUGUCGCGACACUCUCUCAGAUCCUGAAUCUGAAAAACAAUGAACUUGACCAAGUUGCUGAUUUCCUUGGACAUGAUAUCCGUGUCCAUCGGGACUUCUAUAGGUUGCCAGUCCCAACCAUGCAGUUGGCCAAGAUUUCUAAACUGCUUUUGUCAAUGGAAAAAGGAGAUCUUUCUGGCCUGCAGGGGAAAUCACUGGAUGAAAUUGAGAUUGAAGAUGAGAUAUCAGUCAGUGACUCUGAAGCUAAAGACAGUGGGAGUGACUCAGAAGACAGCAGCACAGAAGAUAAGGGACCACAACUUGAAGACGUGGAAGAUCUGGGUCAGUCCUCGGGCUGUCCUGUCAAGGAGCUAUCACAGAACUCUGGGGACUCGGAAAUGCUGUCAGACAUAACAUCCACAGCAGGACAGACUAUACCUCAAUCUGAAGGAAAAAAUGCUGACCAAGAGCAUGAAGCAAGAAGACUCCCAAAGAGAAUGUGGUCAAAAGCUGAGGUUGCUGCAGUGAUGCGACAUUUUGGAAAUCACAUUUCCAAAGGAAAACUUGCCUCCAAAGCUGAAUGCAGCCAGUGCAAGGAGGCAGAAGACCCUGUGUUGUCACAAAGAACAGUACAGAAUAUACGAGACUUUGUGAGAAACCGAAUAACCACAACCAAGAGGGAAUCCAGAAGAAAACUUUAGAUCCUUUGAUGGUAGAAAUGUAGAUCGUUCCAAUCACUUUUUUUUUAAAGUCCCAUCUGCUUUUAUUUCUUCUAUUAUUGCAGCAUAACUGAGUAUGGGCCAUUUACCUGGUUUUACCCCAGUUUAGCAGUGUUGUUAAACACGGUUUUUUAUAUUUUCAAAACACCCGGCUGUUGUUGAGCCAUGUUUUGGUUUAAGUCUGCACCUAGGAGUUUAAAGGCAUAUUCCACCCC